AUGGCGAGCAGCAGCAGUGACGCGACCGAGCCGCCGCAUCCGUGGGGCCCGCACAUGCGCAUUGGAAAGGUCUAUAUCAAAGGAAACAACCGGACAAAACCUCAAGUGUUUGAGAAUGAGCUCCAGGGUGCAUACGCUGCCGAGCGUAUCGGUUUAUUGGUGCACAGACUAGAGGAAGCUACGGAAGAAUUAAAGUCUCUUGAUAUUUUCGAAUCCAUUAAUAUUGAACUGGACAAGGCAAGCUCUGGUCAACAGGAUGAGACGGACGUGACUAUUACAGUAAAGGAGAAAAGUUGGCGGUCUCUUCAUGUGGGCGCUACCACUGAUGGCACUGAUGAAGCAGGAGAAUCUUCGCUCACGCUGUCGAAUGCGCUCGGUGAAGCAGAAAAAGUCACGUUAAGUGCUACGUAUGCACGCUCGGGAAGUAACACGCAGCGUGCGACAUUCAAAAAGCCGCGCUUUUUGGGUUUGCCACUAUACUUGAAUGCGGUGGGCGUCAACGAGCUGCAUAAUCAAGAGUGGUUGAGCUCUUACAGCGAGACGAUUCGUGCUGGCAGCAUUUCCAUCAGCGACUAUGAGGGUGUGCACGACCUAUCGUUGAACGUUGGUUGGCGUGACCUACUUCCACGUCGUGACUCGAAGAUCCCCACGGCGUACCGUGCGUCGCCCAGUAUUUUGGCAGAAGCGAUCCCGUCCACCAAAACCAGUGUGAAAUAUGUUUUUACGGAUGACAACCGGAACAAUGUAGUGUAUCCAACGGAUGGAGGGCUGUUCAAGUAUACGACGGAGAUUGCAGGGCUUGUGGGUGAUGUAAAGUUUGUAAAGGCGGAAGUGGAAGGUCAGAAGCAUGUAUCCAUGGGCCCCCUUCUUUUCGGGUUCCCGGCUCUAAACUUUAGCCUUUCGUACCACUUGAGAACGGUCAAGUCGUAUGGCAGUGAGCAGAACCGUCCAGCACGCAUUAGCGAUCGCUUUUUCUUGGGUGGACCUAUGAACGUGCGAGGCUUUAAUUACAAAGGUAUCGGGCCUCGCGCUUCUCCUCUUGAUGGAGGAGUUCCACAAGGAGACGCCCUUGGUGGUGACAUCAGCUACAAUGGAACAGCAAGUAUGGGGUUUCCCGUCCCGCUACCGCUGCUUGCAGCACUGGGUCUUCGUGGACAAGUUUUUGCCAAUGCUGGUAAUUUGACCACGUGGGACCGUCUGUUAGACGAGAAAAAAUGGAUGAAGAAUCUUGCGGAUGAUAUGCGUGUGUCUGUUGGUAUGGGGCUUGUGUGGGGAACCCGCAUUGGCCGCCUCGAGGCCAACUAUUCGUGGAUUCUCAAGGCGCAUGAUCACGAUAACAUUAAGCGCGCUCAAUUUGGUCUCGGUAUGACGUUUUGUUAG